AUGAUCUCUUCCUCGCACAUCCCUCGCUGGCUGAAACCCAUCGCUUGGUUCUGGGGCCUGCUUUGCCUCUUGGUUAUCACAGCAUCGGCCCAACCGAUCUCGACUUGCUGCAUGGCCUACGGCACCACCAACGAGAACACCUUAUACGUCGUUGGAGGAGCACAUUAUACGGGAAUCAGCGAGGUCGCCUUUCCAGCUCAGUUCUACGCACUCAACCUCACGCAAACCGGUUGGAAUACAUCAAACCCACCCUGGACGAUGAUGUCGUAUCCCACAUCGCUUCUACCAAGAGCGAUGUCACGCUUUCAAUACUCGAUGGCUCUCUCUCCCGAUAAUAGCACACUCGGUGUUUGGGAUGUCACUGAUGCUGACAGACUCGUCGAAUACUCAGUUGGCAACGCAUCAUGGACAUCGGUGAAUAUUACAGACACACUGUCUGGCGAUGGCGUGCAAGCUGUGACUGAUCCGACCACAGGGCUCGUCUACUUUCCCGGAGGAGGCCCUGCUAAUUAUAGCGCAAUGAUGGUGUAUAACCCGACGACGGGAAUGAUCACCGACGCUCCUUCGAGUUAUCCCAUAGUCAAUGGUCACCAACGGUACUACCCCGCUACCUCAGUACAGAAGCUGCCUAGUAUCAGAAAGAUCUGGAAUGGCUUGUUCGGUCUCUGGGGACAGAUUCGUUGCUUCAAGGCCCUGAACUCGAUAACACGCAUUGGAGUGUCCGCGGUGCCACUUGUCUACAACCUUGCCAAUCUGACGUGGACAACCACAUAUUAA